AUGAAACUGCACACCCUGCUCCCCCUGCGGUGUCCCCAGUCAAAGCAAGGCGGCACUUUGGUGACUGCUGCACGCGCGUGCCAGGCUGCUGCUGCAAUGGCGCGCCCCGCGUCUGCCAGCACUCCGGGGGCCAGCAAGCGCAAGCGCGAGUUUGGCGACGCUGGCAAGGGCAAGAAGAGCCACAAAGGGAAGGGCAAGCGCAGCGCGGAGGAGGCGCGCGGCGGCCCCUCGGCUGCCGAGAUGCGCAAGAUGGACUCCCCCGCGGUGCAGCGCGCCAAGCGCGAGAUCAAGAUCCGCCGCCUCACAACAGACCAGAUUCAUGCCCUGGAGAAGGCGUUUGACGAAGCAGACGGCAAGCUGAGCCACCCGCAAAAGGUGGAGAUCGCCAAGGGCAUUGGCCUGGAGGCGCGGCAGGUGGCCAUCUGGUUCCAGAACCGGCGCGCCAAGUGGCGCACGGAGCAGGUGGAGAGCCAGUACGACGUGCUCAAGGCGCAGAACGCGCGCCUGCAGGCCGACAACGACCGCCUCAAGAAGGAGCUGGAGGAGGCACGGCACGCCCUGGUUGUAGCGCGCUCCGGCAUUGCGCACCCCACCCCCAGCCGCAUGGAGCCAGUGGCAGGUGCGGGUGGCGCGGCCUUCUUUGGCUCCAAGGAUGGGGAGAGCCCCGGCUCCGUUUAUGAGAAGCUGCAGAACCUGCUCAAGAGCAUGAAGGGCAAGCGCAGCGCGUUCCUGGCUGCGGCGGCCGCAGGCGAGUCUAGCGACAGCGGGUCCGGCUCCAGCGACGAGAGCUCCGAGGAGGAGCGCCAGCCCAUCAAGCGGGCCAAGCGCAGCGCCCUGCAGAAGCCCCGACCCGCGCUGGCCGCCAAGCCCGGCCCCACCCCCUCCCGGAGCAGCGUCGCGGCGGGUAGCGGGGCAAAGAGAGACGGCACCCGCAGGAGCCCCGUGGGCGCGCCCAGCAAGGGCAGCGGUGCCGACAAGGGCGCAGGGCCGAGCAAGGCGGUGCCCAAGGGGCGGCUGACGCGCGAGAGCAGCAUGGGGCGGCCCAGCACGCUGCAGCGGCGCGGGUCUAAGCUGGAGGCGCUGCAGCUGCCCGUCAAGAUGAGCCCCGCGGUGCCGCUCUUUGCGGACAAGGACCGUGCCAAGGCCGCGGUGGAGGCGCCCACGCCGCGCAUGGGCCGCGGCAAGCCCAGCGCCGCCACGCCCGGCAGCACGCCCUCCAUGUGGCUCGGCCCGCGCCAGGACCCCUCCCCCACCACGGGGCCCCUCGCGCCAGGCGAGCCGCAGCCCGCGCACCCGCUGGGCAUCAGCGGGGACGGCACGGUGGCGCUGCUGGACAAGGUGCCGCCCAGCGCGGUGGGGCGCGGCUUCUCGCACCUGCUGGCCGGCGCGCCCGAGAGCAGCCCCACCGACUCCACUGUCAGCCCCUCUGCGUACCUGCUCUCGGACGGCAAGGAGCCCAGCCCCACCACGGGGGCGCUCGCCGGGGCCGACGCUGUCCCCGCCAAGCAGAGCACGCCCCCCAAGCCGAGCCCGCUGCGCGAGGAGUCCGGCAAGGAGGCACGCCUGCAGCUGGCGCCGUCUGCCAGCGACUGGGGGGAGGCCCUGCGCAAGGCGGAGCAGCAGCGCAGCGCCGCCGCGGCCGCCGCCGCCCCCGCCCCUGCGCGGCUGGACAGCCCGGACCUGCCGACGGACAUGGCGCGCGACUUUGUGCGGGCGCUGGGCGCGGGCGAGGCGGCGCGCAGCCCGUCCCCGAGCGUGCUGCCCUCGGGGCGGGCCGCAGCAGCAGCAGGCGGCAGACGCGUGGCGCGGGGCGGGCGACGAGGGGGGGACACCGCGGGGCUGGCGGCGCGGCUGGCGGCGCUGGACGGCGGCCUCUCCAAGGGCCUGGACGCGCUGGCCGUGCUGCACCUGGGGGCGGCGCCAGGCGCGGGCGACAACAAGGGCGCAGCGGAGCGCAACGGGCUGCUGGAGCUGUCGCUGGAGCCGGGCAGCGGGCUGGCGCCCUCGCGCACCGCGCAGCUGCUCGCCGAGGCCGCGGCGCGGGUCAGCGCCGGCAGCAGCCUGCCCAGCCGGCUGGCGCGCGGGACGGCGUUCCUGGGGAGUGCGUCCGCGUUUGAAGCGUUCCGUGGAGGGGGAAACUUGCUGGACCCGUAUCAGGACCCGCCCUUCUCCAGCGGGCUUCGCGAGGAGCGCGCCCUCUCCCCUUCGCUGCGCGACGCCAUCAGCCAGCACCGGAGCGGGCACACCACGCAGGCCUUGCUCCCAGGGGAAGGCCGCGAGGAGGCGGGCGCGCCGGGGAGCAGUACGGGGCCGCUCACGCCGCGGCUGGGCCCGGCGGCUCCCAUCCCGCCGUGGCUGACGGCGGUCGCCAGUGGGCUGUGGGGGGAGGGGGGCUCUCCGGGCGGGCGCAGCUCAAGCCCGGGAUGGUGGACGCAGAUUCAGUCAGGGCAUUGACGGCUUGCAUCAAGUGUGUGACUUGUUGCCAGGACGACAGAAGCAGACUUUCGACGAAGUAGGAUUAUUCGGCUUAACGAACUCGGGCGCUCAAGAAUGACCUCGAAGCUUGACACCUUCAUCAGUGAUUUUUUUGUGGUUUUAGGGGCGGGUUUGUAUGCAUAUAUGGUGCGUAUAUUAGUCUCACGUCUUGAAGGGGAUGGUGACUCGCAGUUUUCAGAUGACCCAGCUUUUGCUAGACAUAUAUUGGACCACUUGGAUUCUGGCCGGUAUAAAGGCCCUGCAUGUGAACCGGUACUGGUCAAACAUUGUUGGUAGUGAGAUACUGACGAUUGUUGCUCGUCCUUCAUUCAAAUGGUCUGGU